AUGCUGGAGUUCACAAGUUUACCCGUAGACCUCCUCGCCAGACUCAGCACCAUACCGAACAAGACCGGAUGCCUUCCUGGAACCCGCAUUCACAUCCUCCGCGAUCUCGUUGUGUGGGCGGAGGAUCCUCACUCCGCUCAUGUCUACUGGCUCAACGGAAUGGCAGGAACGGGCAAGACUGCCAUCGCUCUGUCCUUCAUCCGUCUUCUACUUGAGAAACGUACUCUGGGCGGCUGGUUUCUGUGCUCUCGGGAAGGCGGCCAGGCGGAGAGGAACGUCAAGAAUAUACUCCCAGGACUGAGUGAUUCCCUGGGAACUGUCUUUCCUGCAUACAGAAAUGCACGAACAUCCGCAUUUGGUAAUAAGCCACCACUCAUCCACGUCCUCACCCUCGAGGAUCAGUUUAAUACUCUCCUGGGAGAUCCACUCGACCAAGCUUAUCAUGCACCGUCUCCAACGUUUGUGUUCGUUGUCGACGCGCUAGACGAGUGCGAUGAUCGCGAUGCUACAGCUCAGCUCCUUCGCGCAGUCUUGAAGCACGCACCGAAUUCUCGAGUGAAGUUCUUCGUAACGAGUAGACCUGAGCGCCAGAUCCGGGACGCACUUUUCUCACAGUAUCCUAAAAUCCUUCGCCUUCACGACGUCGACCAGGCUAUCGUUCAGGACGACAUUGCACGCUAUCUGCGCCACGAACUGACCGCGCUCGCUCGCGAUCAACGCCUUUGUUCGAUGGAUGAGUCUUGGCCACCAGACGCAGACAUUUCAGUCUUGACGAAGAGCUCUGGGAUGUUCUUCAUCUACGCCUCGACAGCAGUGAAAUAUAUUACCGAAGGCGAUGCCGAAUUCCGCCUUGAACAGCUGACUUCUCGGAACAGUGAUUUGGUACUGGCCAAAGAACCCGUGUAUGCCAUCUACAAUCACAUUCUGACGGGGGUUUUUGGUAAAUUUGAGCAAAAUGAGGCUGAGAUCACACAGCGCUGCCUUUGUGCAAUCGUCUGCGCUCGCGAUGUUCUGACGAUCGAGGACCUCGGUCAAUUCCUUAAAUUGCCUGCUCGACGGAUUUUGUUCGCACUUUCGGGUCUGCAUUCUUUGCUUUACAUACCAGACAACAACCACAGCACUAUCACAACCUUUCAUGCAUCGUUUCCGGAUUAUUUGCAGGACACACAUCAAUCGGGGAAAGCAUGGUUCGUAGAUCCCCAAGAGGCGAACCUCAACCUUGCCUAUGGAUGUCUUGACAUCAUGUCCAUGAAGCUUCACUUCAACAUAGCCGGAGCUUCAUCCUCGUGCCUUCCGAACGAGAAGCAACAAUUGGCUACCAUCUCUACCGAGGUCUCGUAUGCUUGUCGUUAUUGGCAGGACCACGUCGUCGCGUCCAGCCAACCUGCGAAUCUGUUCAUGACGAUGGAGUCGUGUCUGCGAUCCAAGUUCCUCUACUGGGUUGAGGUGCUCAGCACCCUAGGCCUUGUCAAUGUUGGUCCUGCUAAACUCAUGAAGAUUCUUCUGUACACCAAGCUACGAGAUCAACCAUCGAAUUUUACAGAAUUUCUGAGAGAUGCGCGAACAUUCCUGACUGACUUCACAAAGCCGAUCAUGGAUAGUGUGUCACAUAUCUACAUCUCUGCUCUGCCAUUCACACCUCCUGCAUCUCAGAUCUCACAGGCUUAUCGAGACCUUUUCCCUAAUACUGUUGCUUGUGAUCCUCCAUUGCUUCUCAGACCUGACCCCUGUCUGAUGGUGAUUACAUGCGCUUCUACAGUUUACUGUGUGCAAUAUUCCCCCGAUGGCACGAAGGUUGCUGCUGGCAUGGGUGAUUGCAGCAUCCAUCUGUGGGACGCUGACAGCGGCGAGGAGGUCUCAACCCCAUUCAGAGGCCAUAGCUGGGUGGUUUGGUCCAUCUCGUUUUCACCUGACGGGAAAAUGCUUGCCUCUGGUUCCGAGGACGAAACUGUCCGUUUGUGGAACAUUGAGACUGGCGAUGAAGUGAGAUGUUUACGAGGGCAUACACUCCCAGUCAAUGCCGUUGCGUUUGCUCCGAAUGGGAAGAGCAUUGUUUCUGCGUCUUCUGACGAGACUGUCCGCCUGUGGGACACUCGGAGUGGUGUCGAGAUAAUGUCUUUGCUAGGACACAAGGAGGCGGUUCUCUGUGCUGCUUUUUCGCCUGAUGGUCACAGACUUGUCACAGGCGCUCAAGACUGCACCAUCCGACUUUGGGAUGUUGCCACUGGUGCACAAGUUGUAUCGUUGGAAGGCCACACAUCUUCGGUUACCUGUGUAUUGUUCUCUCCAGAUGGACAAAUAAUCGCAUCCGGUUCCUAUGAUUAUACCAUGCGCAUUUGGGAUGGUGACACUGGCAAUGUGGUACCAGGACCACGAGCAUAUACUAGCAUGAUAUAUGCAAUUGCUUUUUUGCCCGAUGGAGGCAGAAUCUUCUCUGCCCAUGGCGACCAUACUGUUUGCUGUCGGAGUGUUGAAAGUGGCAAGGAAAUCUCAGAUCCGUUCAGAGGCCACACCAACAUUGUACACUCAGUCGCCGUUUCGCCUGAUGGUCGAAGGGCAGUCUCGGGCUCUGAUGAUGGCACAAUUCAGCUCUGGGACACUGAGAGCGGUGUUCAGCUACUGGAGCCACUGCAAGGCCAUGAAAAAGUAGUCUUCUGCAUUGUGUUCUCCCCUGACGGGCGAAGAGUGGUCUCCGGCUCAAGGGAUUGUACCCUCCGGAUUUGGGAUGUUGAGAACGGCAAGGAGGUGAAGACACUCACAGGACACACAAGUGCGAUCUUGUCUAUUGCUAUUUCACCCGACAGGACAAAGAUCGUAUCUGGCUCUGCCGACAAAACUGUCCGCAUUUGGGAUUUUGAGAGCGGCGAAAUGCUAAGGACACUAGAGGGGCACACAAGCUGGGUGCAGUCAGUCGCAUUCUCGCCGAACAAAGGGACCGUUGUCUCUGGCUCUGCCAACUACGCAACCAUUCGUGUUUGGAAUGCCGAGAGCGGUGAGUUGUUA